AUGUGGAGAGGCAUCCUUCUGGCCUUUCUCUUGCUCUGCGGUUCGAAGGCCGGGGCAGAUGGUUCCGAUCACAAGUACAGUGAGUGGGAUCUCGUCCCUCUUUAUGCGAACAAGGUGGGUCCGUUCAGCAAUCCAAGGUAAAUUGGGGCAAAACCCCUACUUUCUCUGUUGUUGAAUCUGAUUUUCGCGUUCUCCCUCCGUUUCUUCGUUUUCUGCUCGAAUAGGAUGGACCUGAUUCCUAUCUUAGCUAUCCGUUGAUGUUUCUAGCGCAAGUAUCAGACCAUUUUUAUUUUUUAUCUUUGGAGUCGUGAUCAAGUUCGAUGAGUGAUCUGUUAGGGUUUCUGCCUAUCUCAUUUCCGUCUGUGUCGAGUCUAUGUUACAGUUCUCAUUUGGUGCCGAUUCUCUCGGAGAUAAGUUUUCCAGGGGAUCAUCUCCUCAUCAUUUCCUACUCUGACCUCUUCACUUUUUUAUUGCAGUGAGACAUAUCGGUACUACGAUCUGCCCUUCUGCUCUCCAGGUCAGGCCGGAGUUUCUGAGAUACCAUCUGACGUUCUCCACGUUCUUCCCGAUUUGACCUAAUUUCGCUGAAUUCCGGCAGGUCCUGUGACUGAGAAGAGAGAAACCCUCGGCGAAGUUCUUAACGGGGAUCGCCUGGUCGAUGCUCCCUAUGAGCUGAGGUUUCGGAAAGACCUGCAAUCCAAAACCAUCUGCAGCAGGAAAUUAACAAAAGAAGAGGUUGCGAUACUCAGGGAUGCAGUGUCCAAUGACUACUAUUUCCAGAUGUACUACGACGACCUCCCCUUCUGGGGGUUCUUGGGAAGGUGGAGAAGGAGUACCUCAAGUAUGAUCAUCCUCCAGAAUUCAAGUACCUCCUCUACACUCACAUUCACUUCGACGUCCUCUACAAAGGCGACCAAGUCAUAGAAAUCAACAUCCAGCGUGAUCCGGAAUUUUCUGUUGACAUUACCGAGGACAAGGAGAUGGACGUGAGCUUCUCGUACUCGGCCACAUGGAAGGAGACCGACAUCCCCUUUGGGAAGAGGAUGGAGACAUACUCGAUGACGUCCUCUCUUCCCUAUUUGGGGAUCCAGGGGUGGUCCAUAAUCAACUCGUGUGAGACACUGCUCAUCCUGACCGUGGUCCUCGGAGUAAUCCUCAUUCGUGUGCUGAGGAACAAUUCCAUUAAGUGAGCAGAAUCCAGUCUUUUCCCUUGCCAUUUUUAGCAUUAUUCUGGGGCUCUUCCUGGUUCCCUAUGUCGUACUCUUUCUGAGAUUUCUUUUGCCAUCUUCUCCGAAAGGUAUUCGCUUGAUGAAGAAUCUGCAGAAGAUCAAGAGCUGACAGGAUGGAAGUCCAUCCAUGGGGACGUAUUCAGAUUCCCCGAGCACAAAUCCUUGUUCUCUGCUGUUCUUGGAUCAGGGACUCAACUUCUAGCUCUGUAAGAACGGCUCCCAUUUUUACCCAUUCGGAGUGUCAUUGUUUCCAUUUUGGGUAUAUGUUUAUGCCUCCUGACAGCUGUUGAGGAUAUGCCAGAGCCUUGCUCAUCUUCCUCCUCGCGCAAAUAGGGGUGUUCUAUCCCUACAACAGGGGAGCCUGCUUCACGGCUCUAGUUUUAAUAUAUGCCCUCACCUCCGGCAUUGCUGGCUACACUGCGACCUCCAUGUACCUGCAGCUAGAAGGGGACCACUGGGUAUGGUAUCCCUCUAAAAUUGAAAAACCAUAUGAAAUCUCCCCUUCCUAAGACUCGGACUCAGCUGACUUAGAUUUAUCUAUAUUUUUUUGUCAAUCGCCCUACAUUCCUCCAGGUCAGGAAUUUGCUGUUGACCGGGUGCUUAUUUAGCGGCCCCCUCUUCUUGACCUUCUGCUUCCUAAACGCCGUGGCAAUUGCAUACGGCGCCACUGCAGCGCUGCCAUUUGGGACCAUCCUGGCCAUCCUCCUCAUCUGGGCACUGGUGACUUUGCCGCUCCUGGUCGUGGGCGGCGUUGCCGCGAAAUGGAAAAGGGUCGAGUUCCAAGCUCCGUGCCGCACAACCAAGGUCCCAAGGGAGAUCCCUCCUCUGCGGUGGUACAGGGGGACGGAACCCCAGAUAGCCAUGGCAGGGUUCCUGCAAUUCGGCGCCAUCUGCAUUGAGCUCGACUUCUUCCUUGCCAGCUUGUGGGGCCACAGAAUCUACACCACAUACGGCAUUCUGUUCAUUGUGUUCAUCAUCUUGAUCAUUGUCACUUGCUUCAACACUAUGGUGAUGACCUACUUCCAGCUCGCUGUGGAGGAUCACAACUGGUGGUGGAGGUAAUGUUGUUCUUAUGAUAGUGCCUCGUUCAUUGGUUUAUUUCUUCUGAACACUUUUAUGAUAAAUCUUCGGUAAAUGCAUUAUUUUUUGUGUUGAAUAACAGCAAGGAUUGCCAGCAGUGUUGACUAAUAUUAUUGAUGGGAAUUCUUCUAUAGGUCCGUUCUUUGUGGAGGUUCCACCGGUGUGUUCAUCCUUCUCUACUGCUUCGACUACCAUGCGAGGUCAGACAUGUCGGGGUUCAUGCAGACGUCCUUCUUCUUUGGGUACAUGACCUGCAUCAGCUACGGCUUCUUCCUGAUGCUGGGCACCGUUGGCUUCCGCGCCUCCCUGCUGUUUGUCCGCUAUAUCUAUCGGUCCAUUAAGUGCGAGUAA